UGGUCGGCCGCCGGCGAGCCCGAGGGUUGUGCGCGCGCGGCUGUCGCCGGGUGGAUCUGACAGGUGACAGACAUCGUGGUGCCGUGGGACGGAGCCGCAGCUGGGGGCUCGGCGCGUGUGGAGGGUGUCGAGCGCCGCACUGCCGGCGCGCAGGUGACGUCACGGCCACCGCCAUGGCGGACUCGGUGCUCAUCACCAAGAUCGUGGUGCUGGUGCUGUUUUUUACAGUCACCAUGCUGUGCGGCCUGCUGCCAGUGAUGCUGUUGCGGCUCGCACGUUUUGGCACCAAGCGGUUCCAGACGGGCCGGAUGGGUGCGCUGCUGUCCGCGCUGCGCCGGCGCGGUGACCUACUAGUGUCGUGUGUCAUGUGUCUGGGCGCCGGCGUGCUGCUGGCAACCAUCUUCACACACAUGAUCGCCGAGUCGCGCGAGGUAUUCGCCGAGAUCGAGAAGGCGGGCCUGCUCCCCGAGCUGGACCUUCCUCUGAGCGAGCUGUUCCUCUGCGCCGGAUUCUUCCUGGUGUUCUUCAUCGAAGAAAUGGCGCACACCUUCAUGAAGCACGGCCGUCGCAGGAAGCACCGCCGCGCCGCCGCCGCCGCCGAGGCCGCCGAGGCUGGUGAGAAGACCAACGACGACCCGUCGACGGGCUCCGAGGAGGAGGAGCACGCUCAUGGCGCUGCGGGCCACAGUCACGUGGUGGACAUCGGCGGACAGCACGCGUUCCGCGCCUACCUGAUCGUGAUCGCGCUGUCGGUGCACUCAGUGUUCGAGGGCUUCGCCGCCGCCUUCGAGGACUCGGCGCGCGAGGUGUGGCUCUUCUUCGCGGCCAUCAUGGCGCACAAGGCGAUUGUGUCGUUCUGCAUUGGCGAGCAGCUGCUAACCGCAAAGCGCUCGAAGUGUUUCGUGAUAACCAACCUGUGCAUCUUCUCUAUGGCGACGCCGCUGGGCGUCCUGCUCGGUCUGCUGGUGGCCAGCCCCGAGCUGCAGGGCGGCGCUAGUCUGCUGGCCACCGGUAUCCUGCAAGGACUCGCCGCCGGCACCAUCCUGUACGUCACCUUCUUCGAGCUGCUCGGCCCCGAGCAGCACAAGCCGGGCUCGGGCCUGAUCAAGUUCUUCGCUAUGCUGCUGGGCUUUGCGCUGAUGCUGGUGAUCCACCACAGUGCUGGCCACUCGCACUCCCACGGAGGACACGCGCACGCAGUGGGGGCUCACGGUCACGGCCAUCACGGUCACGGCGCGAUGGCCCACGGUCACGGCCACGGAGCGAGCGGAGACCAGCACAGUGACGUCACCAAGCGCGUGCAGGACGCCAUUCACGCCUACGAUCACGACUAUCAAGGCGACCAGCCUGAUCAAUCCGAGCACCAUGAUCAUGACCAUGAUCAUAACCAUGAUCACCACGAUCAUUCUAAGGAAUCUCAGCACAGCGAACAUAAGCAUAAAUCAGGUCACGAUCAUGAUCAUGACCAUGACCAUUCCCAAAAAGCAACUCCCUCUGGCGCUAGUGAGGCUUCUGUCGUUCCGUCUACGGAUCGCAAGCAUACGGGCAAUUCUGGCCAUGAUCACAGCGAUCAUUCUAAUCAUGAUCAUUCCAGCCAUGAUUCAAACCACCAUAGCCAUAACCAAGACAAUCCCAGCUCCAAUAACAAUCACUCAAACGAUGGGCAUGAUCAUUCCCAUCACGAUCAUGACCACUCUAGCCCAGUAAAUGAUCACUCAAUUAGCGAAAAUUCCGGUCAUUCCGACCAUCAUGACCAUUCCGCUGAUCAUGCUCAUUCCGAUCAACCCAGCCAGUCAGGCGAAGGUGAAGAGGAACAGUAUGACACCACUUACGAGUUGUUCGACUCAGAUGGAGCCACGGAGAAUCCCGUAGACGUCCGGACGGUUCCCGACGGGACAGCUAAAGAUCACCCUAAAGACGAGCUGCAUCAUUUUCAUGCAGACGGUCACGAUCAUCUGGGUCCGCUGUCAAAUGACACUGUUGGCCAAAUGCCCGAUCAUGAUCACAGUGAUCACACUGGUCACGAUCAUUUCGACCACGCCCCUAAAAAUGUUGAUCAAAAUCACCCCAAACAUGACGGUCACGAUCAUACAGAGCUCGGCGGUAAAAAUGGCACCAGUCACAGCGACACUGACCACCCCGGGCACGCCGCACAUGAUCACAGUGACCACAGCAGUCACGAGCACUCCGGUCCGGCUGAUCAGCACCCCGGGCCGCCUUCAGAGACCACCGACCGGCCUACGUCCGCUGACCUCGCCUGAAGAUCCGCCGCGGAAUCCGCGAGUCCAAAAAAUCCACUGCGGUGGUAACUGUGACGUCGUCCGUCCAAACUGGACAGGGUGAAAAACUGACGAAGGUGGAGGUGCAACUGACAGUCGUGGGCAUAAAGUCACGACUGGACAUGGACUGACGUGACGGUGUAUCAGCGCGUGUCGCGAUGCUGAGGGGAGGUUCGAGGUGGUGAUCACGGAGUGAUGUGCCGCCAGGCAGUGCUUCCUUUUUCGACGCUGAGCUGCAGGGACGUCGAAGGCAAACAGCGCAAGGCGCAGAGUGGUGACUAUGGGCCUUACUCGGUGAAUAUUUUUGGUAAAGUCAGCGGUUCACCCGAAAAAAAGGCCGGAGUAGACGCUGCCAAAGAUUAGAUCUUUGCCGGAGUUGUUGAGGGCAUGCAAGUUUGGUUCGGGUUCUACAUGUUCCUAAUUAAUAUGACCAUUAAGUUGUGGAAUAAUGUCACUUGAAGUCAUAACUGGGAAGAAAAAAAAUGCCCUUUCUACAGCUGAAGAACAACCAAAAACGACUAAACAAUCGGCCUGUCUAGCUUAGGAAAAAAGUAAACGUUUCAUACGUCCCAUGUUUACCAAACUCGACCACAAUAAGCACAUGCGGAUAGCUUAGUUCCAAGCAUGUGUGGUAAUCUCUGUCACAGAUCACGGUUUAGUGUUUCGGCUCGGUGCGCCGUUGGAGCUCAGGAAAAGUGCUGUUAGCACAUCAACAAAACAAGGCUCGUUCCGAGAAACGAUCGAGCGUCGUUGUGCGAUCAAACCUGUUUUUUGGUGCCCUUGAUAGUUUGUAAGUCACACAUGAAUGUGAUCUACCUGAACUGGGUGAUGAACACGUUGUUGGUGAGCGAUGCAUUGAGAUCUUGUCUUGUGGAUGAGAAUAUGUGUAUAAUAAUCAUUGGCACAUACAUACUACGAAAUGUGGGUACGUUGGAACUGAGCUCUGAAAAUAUUUGAUCUGGGAUAAUUAUAUAUUAACCACUUUUAGGGAAUGCUGUUUCGUGUGUAUGCUGCAAUGAUGUACCUAAUGCAUAUGUAGUUAGGUUAGUGCAAAGCGCAUAAGCAGUAUACAUUGUGUCAUAUCAAAGAGUAUUAGGCCACGCAUAACCAUGUAUGCAUAACGCAGCAGACGGAGCUUGCAAGUUGCGACUCACUGGCAGCGCUUGAUUUUGCAGCUUAUGGUUCCAUCACAUUGCUGUGUGCUCAUAAACCAUACGCUCAUGUGAUUUUUAUAUAUCCAUUGACGAUAACCAUUGAUGGUAAGCGUUGACAUAUCUGAAAAUAAAAAUGUUUUAUAACAUAA